AUGCAACUCUCGUCGAUUAUCGCUGCUUCUUUUCUGGCCCAGUCCAUCCUCGCUAGCCCAAUGCCGUCAGGAAACCAGGAUGCACCUCGCACGGCAGCAGGGAACCGGGCGGCCGCUGACCUUGACGACCCGGACAAAAUUCCCUUUCAUAAUCAAUGGGAACUCUGCAUGGAGCUGUGUCGUACGAAUUACAGGGGCUUCCCGUGGAAAAAAGAGAAACAUUGCGAAAAGAAGUGCAGCGACUUGAAGGGGAAGUAA